UUUUAGUUUGAAUUUAUAAUUUUCCCCGUCGCAGUUGGGUCGUGGUGUUCACAUGACGCGGUUCCCUGGUGGAGGGGGAGGAAGAGGAGGAAGAGGAGGUGAAGUCUGGAGGUUUCUGACCGUCAGGCUGGACGCACCGCAGCAGCAGGACAAUCCGGUAGGAUAAGUCAGUCAUCGGACGGGUCGCUGCUUCCGUGACCGUGGAGUGGGCGGGCCCACGGCCAGUGUUCAUGCUUGCUGCACACAUGGUGUCAUAACUGACGGCGGUUCCGAGGCUCCGCAGGACGGAACCGAGACCCGGGAAGGAUGCUCCGCUUCCAGCGUCCGCACGCUUCGGUUCCCCAGUUCACCAAUUCCCCGACCAUGAUAGUGAUGGUCGGCCUGCCGGCUCGGGGGAAAACCUACAUCUCCAAGAAGCUCACCAGGUACCUGAACUGGAUCGGGGUGUCGACCAAAGUGUUUAACGUGGGGCAGUACAGGAGAGAAGCAACCCGCUCCUACAACAGCUACGAGUUCUUUAAACCCGACAACGCAGAAGCCAUGAAGAUACGCAACGCCUGCGUGAACACGGCCCUGCAGGAUGUGUGUGACUACCUGACCAGAGACCAAGGGCAGGUCGCGGUUUUCGACGCCACCAACACGACGCCGGAGCGCAGAGAGGUCAUCCUCAACUUCGGCAAAGAAAAUGGUUACAAAGUUUUCUUCGUGGAGUCGAUUUGCGACGAUCCCGAAAUCAUUGCUGAGAAUAUUAAACAAGUGAAACUGUCGAGUCCCGACUACGUAGACUGUGACAAAGAAGAAGCUGUUGCAGAUUUCCUGAAGAGGAUCGAGUGUUACAAGAUGACCUACGUUCCCCUGGACGACAGCAAGGACCGGAGUUUAUCGUACAUUAAAAUCUUCAACGUGGGCAGCCGGUACCUGGUGAACCGGGUCCAGGACCACAUCCAGAGCCGGAUCGUCUACUACCUCAUGAACAUCCACGUCACGCCCCGGUCCAUCUACCUGUCCCGGCACGGCGAGAGCGAGCUCAACCUGGUGGGGCGCAUCGGGGGCGACUCCGGCCUGUCACACCGGGGGGCAAAGUUCGCCGCCGCGCUGGGCGCCUACAUGCGCGGGCAGAGCAUCAGCGACCUGAAGGUUUGGACGAGCCACAUGAAGAGAACCAUCCAGACCGCCGAGGCGCUGGGGGUCCAGUACGAGCAGUGGAAGGCCCUGAACGAGAUCGACGCUGGAGUUUGUGAGGAAAUGACUUAUGAGGAGAUUCAGGAGCAUUACCCAGAGGAGUUCGCCCUGAGGGAUCAGGACAAAUAUCGGUACCGGUACCCCAAAGGAGAGUCGUACGAGGACCUGGUCCAGCGUCUGGAGCCCGUCAUCAUGGAGCUGGAGAGGCAGGAGAACGUCCUGGUCAUCUGUCACCAGGCGGUCAUGAGAUGUUUACUGGCCUACUUCCUGGACAAGAGUGCAAGCGAGCUGCCCUACCUGAAGUGUCCUCUGCACACCGUCCUGAAGCUCACGCCGGUCGCCUACGGGUGUAAAGUUGAGUCUGUGUUUCUCAACAUUGAAGCUGUGAACACACACAGAGACCGGCCGGAGAAUGUGGAAGUGGACAGAGACCCGGAGGAGGCGCUGGAGACGGUACCAGAACACAUCUAGAGGACGCCUCAGCUCAACGUCCGUCCCGUCCAGAGAAGACGUCUUAUUUUAAUUCAUGUAAUCCUUAGAAAACUGAGAGCUUGCUGACAAUGAAAGGUUUCUUCAGCGGCAUCUUAAUUCCACUGUUAGUGCACUUUAUCUGGAAGGGUCCAGGUUGAAAACAACUUUUAAAACGUGAAGAGCUGAAAACUGUUCAACAGUCCUCAAUCUCAGUUUCACACUGCAUCACUUCAUCCUGUGCUGUUCCUUCAGCUCUUGUAAUUUCAUGCAGACAGCAAUAACAGCGGAGACGCCGUGCCGCCAUGUUUUAGAGGUAGUUUUAGAUUUGAAAAGUGAUGUUUGUUAAUUUACGCAAAGGGCUUCAUUCCCUCAUCAGCACAUUAUUCAGCUCAGCAGAGACGUUGGUAACAAACCGUAUUCAUUUCAUAGACAAAAGAAAAACCAAAGUCACCACCUGAAGUUAACUGCUGCAGAUUAAAUUCAGCUACCGUCACAUUUCCAGGAACUUUGUAACUGACAGCCAUCUUGGUAGGCAGUUGCUAUGACAACAGUAAACAAGCCACAAGCUUAUAACUACUUCUUGGUCCCUUCCUGAAACAAUUUAAGUACAUUACGACUAUUACUUGAUUACAGUUUUUGAGUACCCUACCCAUCUCUGCGUAAUACUGACGUAAAUAUCAGUGAUACUUACUGUAGUACUUACUGCCGAAUUAGCUAAAUUAGCUUAGCUAAUGUAGCUUUUAUCUGCUAGCUAAGACACUAAAAGAUUCUGUUUACUAAGGUGUCAGCGCCUUAAAAUGUAUUCGGUUCCGAAAAAAAUGUAAGUUAGUCCUGAAUACGUUAAUCACGUGUCUUACAAUUUGUCAUGUAACUACAUAUGUUUGAGUUGUGUGCCCAUCAUUGCGGUUUAGGCUACCGCUAACUAGUUAAGUGUAUGUUAGUGUAUGGCUAACACAGUUAGCCAGCAAGCCAGCCAUCUUUUUCCGUCUAUCCUGGAGAAGCUGGAAAGUCCACAAAUUCAAAAAAGUAAAAACUUUUCGACAUUUCGAACUCAGAAAUUAUCACUUUUUCCUAUAUUUCUUAAAUUAAUCUAAAAAAAAAUUCAGAAUAAUUUUUUUUUCCCGAGCUAAAAUAUACUACUACUAGCUUUUCUUUACAUGGCCCUGAAAGGCCGCCGUAGAAACAUUUACCUGGCGUCAUGGCGGAUUCUCGCAGCUGGAAGGUUGAAAUCUUCCGUCCACAUUCCUAAAACCUUCAUGUGUGUUGACAUUCAGUUGCACAUAAAAUCUAUAGCUGAUCAACAAUUUGUUACAACCUUCGCUCAGUUUUAGCUCGAAAUAAGACGUUUGUUUUCAAGGACACCAAAUCUACAGUAGCCCAGAAGGGACAAAUCAUUCUGUUUGUUUACACGGUGCCUUUAAAAACUAUUAAUUUCCUGAUUCAUAGUAUUACGAGCCGGAAGAAGGGUGUCUAUGAAGGUUGCUCAAAAAUGCAAACCGCGCUUAAGUAUUCCCAUCAUCUGCAGUACAGCCAUGCGCCGCUAGAUGGCGCCACGGCCAGUUUUAACACCAUCCAACGUUCCUUCCGUUUACCAAGCCCCCAGGACCUUCUGCCACCACCGUGCUUUUUUUUUAUACAAACUCUUGUGAAGAAGUUGCUGUCCCUGUGGGAAUUGACUGCAUCUGUAAUGAUUAUAUGAUUUUUUUUUUAAUAGCUGAGUACUGUUUGAAUAAUAUGAGCCGUGUUACUUUUAAUUUUUAAACUCUUGCAUCCUUUACUAAACAUGUAAAAUGUGAAAUGGAGGAUGAGGUCGAUGUUAGAAAAAAUAAUCUGCAUGUUUUUCCACCUUACAAAGAAAUUAUGACUUUUUAUCUCAUAAUUGUUGCUUUGAAAGCCAAAAUUAUGACAAAAUGCGUCUCUUUGCUCUUACAUGGGUACAACCGGUGCAUGGGCGCCGUUUCUAAAAUUACACAGUAAAGAGAUUAACAGCAAUAAUUUCCUGUUUAGCCUCUGUGGGUGUUUUCCAGUCAUAUUUUCACCAACUUAUUCCUACAGUUAUAAAUGUCACAGUUCCAAACUUCAAAUUCAAUAAAUCUUUUCCAACUUAAUUAAUUUCCAAACUAAACAUUUAUUUUCAUAUUAAAUAUUUAUCAAACUAAAUUUUUAGCAAGCAAGCUAAAUAUUUAACUUGUUUACCAAAUACUUUGCAACCUGAGUAUUUGGGUCGCUACCCAAGUACCUGGCUAAGUAUUUAGCUUACAACUUAUGUAUUUGGUUUGCUUGCUAAAUAUGUAUAUUUAACUCAGACUGAAACAUUUAGUUCAUGUUUAGCUUUCUAACUAAAUAUUUAGUUGGAAACUAACAUUAAUGUAGGAAUAACAUGGUGAAUAUAUGACUGAAAAAUAAACUCAUGAAAGGCUAAAUGAAACGACAGCUGUGAAUUUUUCACAGAAACUUUCCAAACUGCAUCCAAUUUGCAUAAACUUUUUCCUAAUUUACUGGAAAUCUGUUUUGCUGCACAUGUGCACUUCUGAAAAGCGUUUUAGACGCUUGUAAAGCUGCCGCAGCAUUCAUGUAAUCUGAAAGACGAUGGUUCUGGUUUCCAGAUUAACCAGAACCAUCUUGGAUUUUCACGCUCAGAUUUCUGACUUCUCCAGUCGGCAUCGUCCCGAUUCUGCUGCAUCCAGUCAUUCCUCCAAACUCGACCUUUUUGUGUGAAUUAAGGUUUUUGCUCAUGAUUCUGUGCUUCAGUAAGUCGCUGUAAUUCCUUUAAUCCAGGUCUUUAAGAUGAAACAUUGUGAAACAUUAAGUGUAUUUGCUGUGUAAUCCGUGUUGUGACCAUGUCUGGUUAAAAUCAGGUGCCUGAAUAAACAUCAUCUCUGAACCGUU